AUUUGACCUAUAUGCAGGCGCUAACACGCGCUGGAAGCUCCGUCACUCGCGAUGCCGCUUCGCUCCUUCAGAUCGCGCGCUUACACUUCGAUGUUUAUAAAUAUAUGUAUUUACUGAUGAAUUAAAUUUCACGUUCGUAAACAUGGAGAACGCCGGGCGCUUUACAUUUGAGUUACAGUCGCGGCGUCCAAUCACAGGCUGAGGACCGCAUGCCUGUACGAGAGCGACCAAUCGGAAGCGUGAUUCCAGUAUCAUAUGGAUGCGCUCGUCCAAUAGGAUGAGAGGAGGGCGGGAUCAGACUGAAGUGUUCGGAUCGUGAUUCAGUCGUCAUGAGUCACCGCACCAUCCAUCUCUUCCGUAAGGGCCUGCGGCUGCACGAUAACCCCACCCUGCUGGGGGCGCUGGCGAGCUCCGCCGCGCUCUUCCCCGUCUACGUCCUGGACCACAUGUUCCUGGAGGGGGCGAUGCGCUUGGGCCCGUUACGCUGGCGCUUCAUCCUGCAGAGUCUGGAGGAUCUGGACGCCCGUCUGCGGGCGCUGGGCUCACGGCUCUACGUCCUGCGUGGGUCGACGGCGGCGGUGCUGCGUGACCUCGUGACCCGGUGGAGCGUCACGCAGAUCAGCUACGACACGGAGGUGGAGCCGUAUUACGCGCGCAUGGAGCAGGAAAUACAAGCGCUGGCACAGGAGCGCGGACUCCAGACGUACACGCAUGUGUCGCACACGCUCUACGACCUCAAGAGGAUCGUGAAGGCCAACGGCGGCUCUCCUCCGCUCACGUAUAAGAAGUUCCUGCAUGUUUUGUCUGUUUUGGGUGAACCGGAGAAACCGGUGCGGGACGUCAGCGCUGAGGACUUCCUGAGAUGCUCGACCCCUGCGGAGCCGGAUCCGGAGCAGACAUACGGAGUCCCGUCUCUGGCUGAUCUGGGUCUGGAGAAUGAGUCUGAGGUCUUAUGGCCCGGCGGAGAGACGCACGCGCUCCAGAGACUCCACAAACACUUCCAGAGUCAGGGAUGGGUGGCGAACUUCUCCAAAGCGCGGACGGUUCCGAACUCUCUGCUGCCCAGCACCACAGGCCUCAGUCCGUACCUGAGUCUGGGCUGUCUGUCGGUCCGCACCUUCUACCACCGACUCAGCAGCGUCUACGCACAGUCGAAGAACCACUCGCUGCCACCCGUGUCUCUCCAGGGUCAGGUUCUGUGGCGCGAGUUCUUCUACACCGUCGCGUCGGCCACGCCGAACUUCACCAAGAUGCAGGGGAACCCCAUCUGUCUGCAGAUCGACUGGUACCACGAUCCAGAGGCUCUGGAGAAAUGGAGAACCGCUCAGACGGGCUUCCCGUGGAUCGACGCCAUCAUGACCCAGCUGCGGCAGGAGGGCUGGAUCCAUCAUCUGGCGCGGCACGCCGUGGCCUGUUUCCUGACGCGAGGAGAUCUCUGGAUCAGCUGGGAGGAGGGCAUGAAGGUGUUCGAGGAGAUCCUGUUGGACGCGGACUAUAGCAUGAACGCUGGUAACUGGAUGUGGUUAUCUGCUAGUGCGUUCUUCCACAAAUACACCAGGAUCUUCUGCCCCGUGCGUUUUGGUCGUCGGACUGACCCUCAAGGACAGUAUCUGAGGAAAUACCUGCCCGUUCUGAAGAACUUCCCCUCGCAGUAUAUUUACGAGCCGUGGAAAGCACCAGAAGACGUCCAGCUCAGCGCCGGCUGCAUCAUCGGUAAGGACUAUCCUCAUCCCAUGGUGUGCCACAUAGAGGCCAGUCAGAGGAACCUGGGUUUGAUGCGUCAGGUGCGCAUCGAGCAGCAGAACACGGCCGAACUCACGCGAGAUGUGGCGGAUGACCCAAUGGAGGUGGGGCUUAAGCGUGAGCUACAUGAGGAGGAGGAGCUUCUGGAGGGGGCGGAGCAACACAGCAAGUCCAAACGUUUUAGCGGUGACGCGGAUCAUAAGUCCCAGAAACUCUACUGUUGAGCGGAGAGGUCAUGUGACUCUAGAACUGCCCAAUGAGACCACCACAUUACUUGACAUUACUUGUGUUAUACUGAACAGAAGACGGCAUUUGAACUCUAUUGAUCAGUUUGUUGGGUCUGAACACUGUGAUGCUGGUGCGUUUUUCUGUGUUCAUGAGAGAUUUAUCUAUAUUGAACAGAGUUUAUGAACUAAAAUAGGUGUAUUAUACAAUUUUCUAAUUUCAUGCAAUAGUCUUUCUAAUGCAAAUGUGUUUUUGUCAGUCAUUAAAUACAUGUGUAUAUUAUGCAAAAGAUCAAAUAAAUCAACUUGAAAUUAGCUUUGGCAUGUAAAUAAGUAUAUAAAUAUUCAUAACAACAAAAACACGACUAAAAUCACAUCUCUUCCAUCUUUAUUUGACCCUCUAACUCUAGCACACUCUAUUCUAAUUCUAUUCUUAAAAAACUCUAUUCAUUUACUAACUGCUUGUUUUCUUAAAAAAAAAAAAAAAACUAACACUACCUUCUCUAUUCUUUUUGUAUUCUAUCUAUUUGUUUUCUUUUUAUUUAUUAUAUAAUUUUUAAAAACACCUUGCUACGUGUGCUGUGUUAAGCUAACUGAGACGUGUUACAGCACUUGUAUAUCAUUGCUCUUUUGUUGAUUCUGAUUGCUUCCAUUGUCCUCAUUUGUUCUGCAGAAUUAAUAAAUGUAAAUGUAUUUAAAAAAUAAUUAUAUCUUUUAAUAAACUAUC